GAAGACUAAGGGUGUGAUUGGUAAAGAAAACUAUUUAGUAUUGUAGUAACUUUUUUUCUAGUGUUUGGUAAGUAGAAAUAUCGUAACUAAUAGAGUAGCAUUUACAUAUAAUCUUAGUCCAGGUAGGGGUGAAUAGGAUGGAAUGUCACUUAUGGAACUUGUUUUUUUGAAAGUCAUUUUCCUGAUUUUCCGAGAAACUUGUUAUCCUAGUCAAUUGAAAACAAAAGAGCUGGAAUCAUAUUGAAUAAUUGGUCCCAGUUUGAGGAAAAUCCUUACGGUAGUCUAUCUAAGCACCACAGAUUAUUCUGAAGACUUGUAAAUUCAAAUCUGAAUACCAAUAUUCCAUAGCCAUUGUUUUUAUGAGCUAGCAACAUGAAGUCUACUAGUGUCUUCUUGUUUGUAUUCUUGCUGUAUUUGAGUCACUUCAAAUGUGAUUCUAGGGACAUCAUAACUUCAAGGAACAUAUUAAAAAACAAAAGGAAAACUCUUGUGUCAGCUGGACAGAUAUUCGAGCUGGGACUCUUCAACACACGAUCUAAAGACGGAAAACUUAGAAAUUAUGUUGGCAUAUGGUACCGGGUGAGUCCCAAAACUAUUGUGUGGGUUGCCAAUAGGGACAGACCAAUUCCCGUAUCAGAUGAAAUUUUGGCUAUUGGCAUUGAUGUGGAUGGUAAUCUCAAAGUGUUGGACUCAAAGAAGAACUCUUACUUUUCAACAGGACUCGUUAGUGCAUCUUCUUCUAAGCGUACAGCAAAUCUCUAUGACUCAGGAAAUUUGGUUUUAAUUGAUGAAUUGUCAGGCAAGAGAUUGUGGCAAAGUUUUGACAACCCCACUGACACCUUCCUUCCUGGUAUGAACAUGGACAGUGCAUUGAAGUUGACUGCUUGGAGGGUUACCCAAGAGGAUCCCAGCACUGGAGAUUACACGUUUCGGCAAAAUACAGCAACCAAAUUUGAGUACAACAUACUAUCCCAAAAAAGGGGCCUUCACUGGAAAGCCUCUGUUUCUGCUAAGCCCUUUAGUUCCAGGGAACUGCCCUCUCUUGUGGGAUCAAUGUUAACCAAUUUCAGUUUCAAUACAGAACAACAAUAUACCCCGAAAUUGAACAAGUCACCGACUGAUGAUGUUUCAUCUGUGCCAGACUUUAAUUACACAAGGCUACUACUGAAUUCCUCAGGGGAAAUACAAUUAUAUGGCUGGAGUAACGAGAGUACAGGGUGGUUACAAAUAUGGUCAGAACCACAAGAUCCAUGCGAUGUGAAUGAAAGUUGUGGGAAAUUUGGAAUUUGCAACAGUGGGUUUAUGUCUCGGUGCAAGUGUUUGCCAGGAUUUGACCCUGAUUCUCCAGAUGAAUGGACGGUUGGGACUUGUACUGAUGGUUGUUCAAGAAAGUCAGUUCGUGGUUGCAACAAGAAGUCAGAAUUUGACACAUUCUUAAACUUUUCAACUAUCAAUGGGAAACUUUGUUUGCAUACCUAACAAGAGCAUGUAGGACAAAGAGGAUGGAGUGGAGAGAAGGCAACAUCCUUGAAUCUCAAAGUCCUGAUUAUU